AUGGUUGUUAUAAUAUGCUAUAUUGCAAGUCAAAAUUAUAUUGCUGGACGUUUUAAAAUUAUAUCAAAUGCUGAAACGAAAGGUCUUAGUACCUUUGUGGGCACGUUUGCGUUACCAUCUUUAAUAUUUCUCUCAUUGGUGGAGUUAAAUUGGAAUACAGUGAAUUGGCAAUUUUUACUGGCCAUGCUUAUCUCGAAAUCCGUUGUUUUCUUUGCGGUGUUAAUUAUUUCAUUACUUAUUGUACGACCAUUGAACUAUGCACGUGCUGGACUUUUGGGUAUAUUUUGUACACAGAGUAAUGAUUUUGCUAUCGGUUAUCCAAUAGUUAUGGCUUUAUAUGAGAAUAUACAUCCAGAAUACGCAUCAUACUUGUAUUUGAUGGCGCCAAUAUCAUUGGCUAUACUAAAUCCAAUUGGUUUGGUAUUGAUGGAGAUCUCAAAAAUGUCAAAUACUAAAAAUGAACUGAGAGAACAAGCACCAAGAUGUCCUGAAACCUGUCCAGCAGAACAAAUGUCAAAGCAAAGACAAUGCUUGAAUGAACGCAGCAUAUUAAUUUUGAAUAUGUUGAAGUCAUUAUUUUUUAAUCCAUUACUGACUAUGACUUUAUUGGGUAUUGCUGGUGGUUUUAUCUUUCCCAAUGGCUUACCGGAAUUGGUAGCAUGUGUACUACGAGUUUUUGGACAAUCAUUUUCUGCAACCGCACUAUUUUUAUUGGGAUUGAAAAUUGUGGGACAAGGCGGUAACAAAUCCUUGAAUGGCUCUGCAUUUUUAUUACCUGGGAUUCUAAUUUUAGUAAAAAUAUUGGUAUUACCUUUAGUUUGUCGACAAACAGUUAAUAUAAUGCAAGCUGGUACAGAUUUUAAUGACACUACUGAAUUAAGUACUUAUGGAUUUCUGUAUGGAACUUUUCCAGCCGCCCCUGGCGCUUUUGUUAUUGCAUCUCAAUACAAUGUUGAAGUUGAACUGAUUGCUCAAAGUAUGGUACUUUGCACAUUUAUUUCAGCACCUUUAAUGUUUAUCUCUGCGAAAAUGAUUUCUUUAACGAAUCUCAAUCCUGUGGAUUAUCUACAUGAACUAGACGCCUUUUCAUUUGACAUUAGUAUUGCGGGUGUGGCAGCCUGUGGUUGGGUUCUAUUAUUGCUCAUAACGUCGAAACGCCUAAAACGUAUGCCACAUCGGAUCACAGCAUGCUUGGUGCUUUCUCAACUAAUGUGUUGCAUUGGUGUUAUUCUGUGGUCAAAACUGGAACACUUUGAAACAUGGCAACAUUAUAUACAGUUCUUCCUAUUUAAUAUAGGCAGUUAUAGUAGUCGUUUAUGGACUGGCAUUUUAGCGAUUACUUUGCUAUUUCUACAAUGCCGCAGUUUGUGUUUUGUGCUAAAGCUUUGGCCUUAUAUGGUAACAUUUGCUUGGGGAGUUCCAGCUAUUAUAUCUGGACUACUGAUUGCUUUUGAUAGUAAUGUUAUGUCGAAAGAAAAACAUAAUCCAAGUUUUCAAUAUGGUAAUGCACAAGCUGCUGUCUCUGUGUUUUUGCUAGUUAUGUGCUUCAUAGGUAAGACUAAAUAA